UGUUGGCCUCUGAAGGGAUUGAGCUAGUUCAGGCCAGCCUGCUGCUCUUUCUCUCCUUCUCUCAUUUUCUUUCCCCCUCACUCUCUCUUCCUGUCCUGUCUGUUUAAGGAGGGAAAGAUUGGGAAAUUCCUUCAAGCUACUUUACUUCAGGUUUCUGUGGGAUUUAAACAUGCACACUGAGGCUUUGGUACAGUCCAUGUUAGUGCCGUUGUUUCUGAUUCUGCUCUCUUCUGUGGAGGACACUUUGUUACAAUCGGUGAGCCAGGUGGGUGGUGUGUGUAAACUAUCCACAGAGUCAUCCCUGCGCCGCUGCCGGACACCUGAUGGCAAGGUCUGCAGUGGGAGGGGCAAGUGUGACUGCGGCAUCUGCUUCUGUCAGGCCCCAGAUCCAGGGAGAUUCUAUGGGCCUAGAUGCGAGUGCCACGACUGGGUCUGCGCCACACACAAUGGGAAAACUUGCAAUGACCGUGGCUACUGUGACUGUGGGAUGUGUGAGUGUGAUGACGGCUGGUACGGAGAUGCCUGCCAGUUCCAGGAGGAGUGUAACCUACCCAACAAGAAGAGCAAAGAGCUCUGCAAAAACCCACAGGGGGUGGUCUGCUCCAACAGAGGCACAUGCCACUGUGGCAGCUGCAUGUGUGACAAUAAGGACAACAGGGACCUGGUGACGGGACGUUUCUGUGAGUGUGACGACAGCGAGUGUCUCGAUGAGGACACCGGAGAGGUGUGUGGAGGCCAUGGCCAGUGUUACUGUGGAAACUGUUACUGUGCUGCUGGUUGGCAUGGAGACAAAUGUGAAUUCCAGUGUGACAUCAGCCCAUGGGAAAGCAAACGGAGAUGCACAUCUCCAGAUGGCAAAAUCUGCAGCAACAGAGGGACCUGUGUGUGUGGAGAGUGUAACUGUUAUGAUGUAGAUCCCUCUGGCGACUGGGGAGAUAUUCACGGAGACGCCUGUGAGUGCGAUGAGAGGAACUGUCAUGCGACCUACGACCGAUAUACAGAUGACUUCUGCUCAGGUCAAGGCCAGUGUAAUUGUGGCAGGUGUGAUUGCAAAGAGGGAUGGGCUGGAAAGAAGUGUGAGCAUCCUCUGUCCUGCUCCCUGUCUCUGGAGAGCAGUCUGAAGAAGUGCCGGGGAACGUCCAAUUUGCCCUGCUUCGGACGAGGUCAGUGCCAGUGUGGACAGUGUACAUGCCACCCACCUGGGGAUAGUCGGGUUCAUGGCAAAAACUGUGAGUGUGACGACCGUCAGUGUGAGGACAUCAAUGGAGAGAUCUGUACAGGUCACGGUUACUGUUCAUGCGGACGGUGCAUCUGCGAAGAAGGCUGGUUCGGGAAGCUGUGCCAGUUCGCCAGGUCUUGUGACAUGAGCGACGCCCAGAGCAAGGAGCUUUGUGAGACAUCUGAUGGAGUCAUGUGCAGUGGGAAAGGCUCUUGUCACUGUGGCCAAUGUAUCUGCUCUCCCCAAGACUGGUGGGUGUCUGGAGAGUACUGUGAGUGUGAUGACCGAGAGUGCGACAAACACGACGGCCUCAUCUGCACAGGGAAUGGGUUGUGCAAUUGCGGCAACUGUGAGUGCUGGGACGGCUGGACAGGGAACGCUUGUGAAAUCUGGGUGGGAGCAGAGUACUGAGGAGAAGAGGACACUGGUGUUAGAGACAGACGCCUGGCUGCCCGGAGCGACCAGGAACACCACCAAUGGUCACAACCAGGCGGGUAAAACACCACAGCCUGAAAAUCACAGGAGGAGGGAGAAAAGAGAAGCCAAAACUAAACAUGGACGUAAUUCUGCAUAUCUUUAACAGCGUUCGUUCUUUUAUUGUACUGGUUACAAAUGAUCUUUUAUAAAGCUGGGUUUUGUAGGUGAAAAGUAAAACCUCUGUUUAAAACAUAGUACAAUGUAAACAUUCAUAUUUCUUUUUCCAAAACAGCUAUAUGUAUUUUUUUUUUUCAUAAUGUAGGAAUGCUUACAUAUUGCAGAGGGCUACACAUAAUAGGAUGCAGGUACAUGAUAAAUCCAAAUGUUGGAGGGAGAAGAACAUGUAUUAUUAAGGCGACAUUUUUGGAAUAUGUGGGUUAGGUCUGUUUUGAACUGAAUUCAGAAUGCUGUUGUUGUUCCCCAAUAGGACUGAAAGUUCACUUGAAAGCUAGAGGCAGAGGUACUGUUUGAGGUUUUUAUUUCUUUUUAAUAAUAAAACAUUAAAUGUGCCGCAUGACACAACAUUUUGCAUGGAAAACAAUGCGAAGACCUUAAUCAUACAUGGUUACAAAUUUGUUAUAACAUGACAUAACUCCAGUGGGCAUACUUG